GCUCGGCAGCCGCCGCCAUUUUGGUGGGGCCGGGAGUUCUCCAGCGGGAGCGGCGGCGGCGGAGCUCGCUGGGCCCGGCUCGGAGGUGGCGGCGAGUGGGUGCCCGCUGCGGAGAUGGCCAACAUCGCGGUGCAGAGGAUCAAGCGGGAGUUCAAGGAGGUGCUGAAGAGCGAGGAGACGAGCAAAAAUCAAAUCAAAGUAGAUCUUGUAGAUGAGAAUUUUACAGAAUUAAGAGGAGAAAUAGCAGGACCUCCGGAUACACCAUAUGAAGGUGGAAGAUAUCAGCUAGAGAUAAAAAUUCCAGAGACAUAUCCAUUUAAUCCUCCUAAGGUGCGGUUUAUCACCAAAAUAUGGCAUCCUAAUAUUAGCUCCGUUACUGGUGCCAUCUGUUUGGAUAUUCUGAAAGAUCAAUGGGCAGCAGCAAUGACUCUAAGAACAGUGUUGUUAUCUCUGCAAGCAUUGUUGGCAGCUGCAGAACCAGACGAUCCACAAGACGCAGUAGUGGCAAACCAGUACAAACAAAAUCCAGAAAUGUUUAAACAGACAGCUCGACUUUGGGCACACGUGUAUGCUGGAGCACCAGUUUCUAGUCCAGAAUACACCAGAAAAAUAGAAAACCUUUGUGCUAUGGGCUUUGAUAGGAAUGCAGUAAUAGUGGCCUUGUCUUCAAAAUCAUGGGAUGUAGAGACUGCAACAGAAUUACUCCUGAGUAACUGAACCACAUAGAGAGCUGCUUCGGUUGUCCAGCUUGCCCCUUCUGGAGGAGCAUCACCAUCUGUUAUUUUUAGGAUUCUAUAUAGAUUCUCUUUUAAAACUGGCACUCUUGCCUGAUGAUACUAUCUAGGCACUAUUGGAGACUGAAAAACCGCUCUGUAAAUAAAGCUAAUUAAACGUCUGUGUAAAUUUAAAAAGGGGAAAUACUUUAAUUUUUUUCUUACUAAAUAUUGUAAAAAUUCUUUGAGCUCAGCUAAAAUAAUGGGGGAAAAACAUGCCUACUUUUGUGUUUAGCAGUGUGGCGAAAACUAGCAGGAACUUUCUUCAGGAUUUUGAUUUAGUAAUUCAGAAAGCCACGUUUUUGAGUGUUAGUCAUCAAAAUUGUUGGUGCCGCUCAUCACAGCUAUCUUACUGUUCUUAACAUGGAUCCUUUGUGCCUGUGGAUUGACCUAUAUUUGCAUGCUUGUACUUAAUAGACGUAUUAGGUAGGGUCGCUGAAGAGAGCACCAUUUAAAUACUCGAGUGUUCUUGUACCUAUUUUCCUGAAAGGCUGAAAAAGAUUUACCCAAAGUUCCAAAUGGUGACCUAUUCAGAACCUUUUUCUUUGUAGCUUAUUAAUUGGGAAUCCAGAUUCUCUUCUCCCUUACGUCAUGCAGCUAAGAGCCCUCCCUAGAUUAUUCUUCAUUCUGUUGGUAUUGUGUGCCAUGUAUGGUAGUCUAGGCUCGCCUAUGGAGAACAUAUUUUGAAUUAUCGACGAUUUUCAUCCAUCAUUGUAUUUUCUACGCACCUGGCAAGGGUUUGUAUGCCUUGAUACAGCACAAGAAUGGAGCUGGUUUUCUUUCCUUUUUGUUUUCCUUUUCUUUUUGUCCAAAGUGGAUGUAAAAUGUUCUUCCGUGUAUCUUGGAUAAUAUGACUUCACUGGAUUUGAAGGAGGAAAAGUUAAUUCUCUGGCGUACUGAGAAUUAUAUUUUCUUUUGAGUACUUGAUAUGAUGCAAUCAGCUGUUUUUUGCAGCAGUUUUCUAGCUUUAUUUUGGGCUUCAGUUUAAGGAUUGCUUUCCAGGUACUUGAAAACUCAUCCUUGCUCGCGUUUUUCUCUAGUUGACACAUGGAGGCUGUGUUGGUGUUUUUACUGUACAUACUUCAAAUGCACAUAGAAGUUUGUUCUCAAUUUAGCUUUCUUUUGGAUUGAUGAUGUUUCUGAUAAACGAGAACUGAAACUUACUUUGGCUUGUACAUACAGUCAGUCGUCUUAUUCGUAUUAAAAUGACAUUUCAUCCUGAGUGCAAAA